UUAUAGUGUUUGAAACUAGAAUAUGAAUAAAAAAUGUUCAGCUAUUAGGAUUAUUAUUAAAGUUUAGGGAAAAACUACUUUAUAGUUAGAUAUUUCACAUUAAGAAAGAACUAACAAUUUGUAGAAAUGAUAUAAAUAAUAUUUUUUUAUUGAAAAGAAAUAAUAAAACAUAAAGACAGUUGCUUACUGACAGACUAAAAUGUACUAUUGUUAUUGUAUUUUAGCUGGAAGUUAGACACUUAAGAAUUUAGUGUAAUUGUGAAAGUAAGUGUGCAUAAACAUAUGAAGUAAAAAUAUAGGUAUUCAAAUGUUGUAUUAUAAACUACAGUUAUUCAUUUCAGAAAAAUGUUGCACCUUCUGUACCUAGAAAUUUGUCAAUAAGCACUAUUUUUCUUGCUUAAUUUAGGUAUUUUAAUAAUUUUCUAAAAACAGUAUGGGUAGCUUUAUAUUUUAAGAGCUUAGAAAUAAGUAUUUGCUAUUUAUUUAGAUAGUAAACUUUAAUUUACUGUCAGAUAGAUCACUUUCAUUAAAGUUGGGGAGUCUUCAUAUAGCAAGUCAUCACAAAAAUAAAUGAGUAAUGGUAUUAAAGUUAGAACUAUUUUAAUCAAAUGUAUUACAAUUAUAGAAGUUUAAACUUCUCAAUAGUUAAAACCUAUUUGUAAAAUUCUAGGGCAAGGACAAUCUGGAUGCUAACUAAAAAUCUUCUUUACCACUGGUCUGUUAGUGUAUUCUGUCCUAAUGAACAACAAAACACAAUUUCUGUCUAAUAAACAAGCAUUAAUGUAGAAUAAAGGCUAGUAAAUUACCAAAGUUUUAAGGUCUUCUAAUCAGUAGCUGAUCUUACAAUAUGCACUUACAAUUGUGAGGAUGUUACAUUGUGUGUAAAAAAGAAAGAAAGAAAAAAGAAACGUUCCACAGAAACCCUAAGAUUAUUCAAACUACUACAAUACGCUUACACUGAACAUAGGUCUUUAAAUUUCUCUUCAUUGACUAUUUUUGCCAUUCAGUGUUGUUUUGAGUGAACUUGUUAGUUUUUUCAAUGCAACAAAAAAAGUGCUUUCCCAUUUUAUUAGCAGACUGUUUUUUGCAUAUCUCUGCCAUUGAUUAGUUUGACUAAAUGCAAUUGAAAUGUAAUUGUGAUCUUUCAGUUUUUGUAGACUUUUUUGUGCACUUAGGUUAUUUAUGUUUACGUACAAUAAAAGCUUUUUGUUUUUAUAACCAAUUUUUGUUUGAACAUGCCAUACAAUCACUUGUGAAAUUAAUCUGGAAACCAAGAUAGAUAAUAGCAUUAUUCAUUAUUGUUAUUUUUUUGAUAAAUAAAAAUUUUAGAACAAACUUUUUGUAUACCGUGGCUUGGAGUAUGAACGUGUUGGAGCUUUUACCCAGCGGCUUCAGACAGAAUUUCCACAGGCCCAGUUUCUCAUGAAAAACACACCUCCUGAUGAAAGCAUAAUGAACUCUGAUGGCCAAUAUAUUCAGAUCUGUAAUGUGAAGCCAAUUCCUGAGUUUCGACCUGAAUUUGAAGGCCAACAUGUUCCAGAAAAGGUGUUAAGUUACUAUCUAGUCAAUGAUGUACGAACCUUUCAGUUUGAUAGGCCUGUUCACAAGGGUCCCAUUGAUAAAGACAACGAAUUCAAGAGUUUAUGGAUUGAACGCACAACUCUAACUACAGCUUCUCGUCUUCCUGGAAUCUUACGGUGGUUUGAAGUGAUUGACCGCCAGUUAGAAGAAAUUUCACCAAUUGCACAUGCUUGGGAAACUGUGGAUCACAUGAACAAAGAACUGCGACGACUGAUAGCUCAGUACACCAAUGACCCCAAAAGAUCCAUCAGUCCACUUAGCAUGAGACUUCAGGGAGUGAUUGAAGCUGCAGUCAAUGGAGGAAUUGCUAAGUAUCAAGAAGCAUUUUUUACCCAUAGCUUUGCUAAUCAGAACCCAGAACAAGCUGAGUAUAUUGAUCGACUCAAGAUUCUAAUACUAGAGAAGGUUCAGAUCCUUGAGGGGGGCCUAUCUCUUCAUGGAAGAUUGGCUCCACCAGAAGUCCUUCCCCUUCAUCACAGACUAGUUGACAGAUUUGCUGUUAUGAAACAGUCAAUAAGAGAAGCUGGCUCUCCAAACAUGGUGGCUCGGUUAAGCCUAGGUAGAAAAGGGGAGUUACCACCCACGCCAGUUGCUGUUGGAGAAUCAGGAGACACAAGAAGGCCAUCAAUUGUCCAUACUCCAUUGCCCCCAGUCCCAGCAGAAGUCAUGUUAAAGAAACCCCCACCAGACUGUGCUAGCAAUCGAUCUUCAUCUUCAGGGUCAAGUUUGUAUGGGCAACUUUUACCAGAAGGAUCUGAUGAGGAUGAUAUCUACACCAAACCUCAGGACUACGCAGAACCUAGGAGCAUAGUUGACAGACCACUACCCCAACCCCCUGCACGAGCCUCUGGAUCUUUAACCCCUUGUGGUCCCCCACCACUUCCUACUCGACCCCGUUCAGUGACCCUGGGGCCCUCAGCUGACUCUAGGGGCUCAGAGCGAUCUUCUCGAGUAAUAUCUCGUUCUCGAGACCUUCCAUCUGCAACUUCGGAUCCAGCUGAUGAAAUCCUUGGGUAUGCUUCACCAUCUUCACACCAACAUGGAUCUUCUAAAACUGCAAGUCCAAAAUUUUCCACUAAAUGGCCUCACACACCUGAAAAUAUUUCACCUGCCCCAAUGACACGUAAUAGUUGGUCAGAACCAAGCUGUUCAGAGAGUGCUCCACCAUUACCACCACGUUCUGAUAAAGGAAAUGAAAAACGAAUGGCCACUACAUUAAAUGGUUCUCUAGUUUCUGAUGACUCUAAACCAGCACUUCCUCAUCGUCUAGUCAAAAAAGGAUCAGCUCUUUCAUUUAUGCUUCAGACUCGAGAAGUUCAGUCUUUGCCAGUUUCAUGGGAGGUCCCAGAUCUUUCAACUUACUCCCCAUUACAAACCAGCGAGGUCACUCUGCCAUCCUGCUCUCCUUUACACACUCCAGAAGCUUCAGUCUCUCCGGCCCGAGAGUUGCCCCGACCCCCUCCACCCAUCCCAGCUAAAAGAUCAUCAAGUUGUGGACGAUGUAGCAACCCUGCCACACCUCCAAAUUCUCCACUGGUGACUCCAGACUCCCCAUCUCCAAGCACCUCUUCUUUGCCAUCUUCUCGGACUUCUGCAUCUGGCCAGAGUGCCUCUACAUUUAGCUGUGACUCCUAACCUCAGUUGGAGUGGCUGCUGUUCCACAUAUCGUGCAGUGCUACUUUAUGUAGGGCCACAAAACGUUCCUCAUCUCUAAAACUGUGAGAAGUUGAAUAGAUAUUGGUGUGUUUUUUUUUAAUUAGACUAUGCUCAUAAUUUUGUUUGUAAAUUCCAUCGAGAAGUGUGUGUGUGUGUUUGUGUGUAUGAACGUUGCAAGUCGUGUUAGUUUUCUUCCCACUAGAUGGGAGAUUGUUCUGUUCAUCAAUCUCUUUGUCUGUUUUUAAGUCUUUCAAACUGAUGUGAAUAACCCUAUUGCUCCAUUCCACAACUCUUUCAAAACUUUUGUAGUUCAAAGGUCUUGUUUCAGAGCAGCAGAAAAGUAGGUUUGAAGUCUUUGAUAUAAAUAAAUGCCAGGAAUCUAUGUCACUCUUAGUAUAUGGGUUAUCUAUAAACUAGAAAUAUAUAUUCACAUAUAUAUAUGUGUACUUCAUGUUAAAAUGUAUGCAAAUAUUUUAAGCCUGAAAAAGUUUUGUGAAGUUCAUUUCCUAACAAUUUUUUUUUACCCAACAGUACCCUAGAUUUCUGUUGCAAUACAAAAAAAAAAAAAAAAAA